GGGAACCGGACCUAGCAACUCUUCUCUCUCCUCUGUUUCUUCCUGGCUAUCCUUAUUGUUUUUUUUUGUUUUUUUUUUCACUUUUCCCUUCCUGUUCCGCCCCGUCCACUUCCCUUGACUCUACCGUCUGAUUAUUCCCCGCCAUGUCUGCUCCACGAGGGCCGACCCUCAUUACUAUUCCACCAGAGCUAUGCUGGUCCGUCCUAGAGUCUCUCUCAUCGCGCGACGUGGUUGCUCUGAGGCUGGUUUCUCGAGCUUUCUACAAGUACUUCACUUCAGAGGAAGUGUGUCAUUACGCCCAGAAGCUCUACUUUCCACUAUCCUCAGAGUGCAGUAAAGAGCGACGUACUAGACAGGAUUUUGACGCUGCCUAUUCCAGGUCCAUGAACUGGAAACAAGGGAAACCUUCCCACGUUGAGAUUAUCGAAAAAGUAGCGCAUGCAUCUGCUAGCUUGUCAAAUGGUUUCCUCGUAGAUUCUAAUCAGAAUCUGUUGGUCUAUCAACGGUAUAAUCUCCCAUCUUGUUUGUUUGGUUGUUUCAUUAUAUAUAUAUAUAUAUUUCUCCCCUUGCGCCUUCGUCUGUGUAGGAGCGGCUCUAACGUGAGAUCGUGUCACAAAGUUCCCGUGGUGUUAUUGUGCUCAAGGAUCUAAGUCACCCUGUGGAUGACGCUGCUGCCGAUACUAUCAUCACUCUCGGUAAUGAGCUUGGGGAGUGUAUUAUGAAACGCUCUGAGAACAUACAUCUUAAGGAUGGCGAGAGUAUUCGUAUGUCGACAAACCGUGGGAUGCUGUUGGUAGUUGGAGAAGCGCAUAUCCAUCCUCAGCCGCAAGAAGGUCACAACCAUCAGGCUGUUGCCAGCGAGGGUUCUAGCUUCUUUUCCUCCUGGCUGAAUUGGGCGUAUGUAUCUGCUUCCCAUAAUUCUUUCAUGUCCCUGGGUCUGAAGUUUGGUGCAUCAGCUGGGGCACUUCCCCCUCGCCUCCUCUGCCACCGAGAACUUUUUUUCAGCAUCCUCAUAGCCUUUGUGCUGUUUUCUCCACCAGGCCCCAGGAUCGUGGAAAGUUGCUUUAUACGUGGCUUGAACGUGAUUCUUUCAUCAUAGAAACAGCUCUCAAUGAAUUCUAUGCUAUCGCUGAAUUCGACCUUGUCGAGCAGCGGCUGGAAGGGUACAUUUUCCCGAAACUUGGAAAAUCCUCGAGCAAGCUCAACAAGCGCUUCUCGUUCACCUCAGCCACUUCUCAACAGACAGACGAUGCUGAAGCAGGGCAUCAUUUCACGAUUAAGAAGAAAGCUCUUUACCCCCAACCCAGCUCUUUUUCAAUUGCUCCUGAUACCCGUGGCAAGGUGUUCUACCUAGGCUUCCUACCACCCAGCACAGAUCGUCGCCCUGUGGUUGAAGUGCAUGCAGUUCCGCAGUUUAGCCCCCUGGAUGGCACUUGGAGUGAGUGCUCUGUCAUCAAACGAGUUGUUCUACGCAGUCUUGGAUUGUUCCCUGUAACUACCAAUGGUUCGACCAGAUCAUCCUUCUGGAUCGACUUUGACGACGGAACCACUGUCAGAAACCUCAAAAGAUCCAAAAUUGGACCCUGUGGCAAGUUUGCUUGGGAUCCUGACGAAGACGUCGUCAGAAUACGAAUGAAAGGUGAUCUCAGUAUACCCGGCAUUACUGAAGAGGGUGAAUCAGUCAACAUGGUGACUUGGGUCAUCACUGCUCGACCAUCCCCAAUUCAACCUUCCACAAUCUCAGACUGGCGUAACGGAAAGGAGUGGGCAGAGAUCCCUGAUAACAUUAUUCACGAUAGCAAUGCUAGCCCCUACGCCAACGAGAAUGGCGAGAUUGACUGUGAAGACGUUUAUCCAGCCCCCACAUACUAUACAAGACCCCGGGACUUUCAAAAGUUUGUUGGUCAGCUGGAACCGCUUCCCAUUGGAGUUGAACUUGACACACUCGAAGGAGCGAACGAGUCUGGGAACUACCCUCCUUACCUCUGGAUCAAAAACCCGGAGAAGAUAAACAAGAAGGUCUACGCACUUUUCAGCAAGAUGUUCCCCGGCACGCUCGUUCUGAGCCCAGAGGUUGGCGCGAGUGAGGGGCGUGGGGAAAUGUCUGCCGAGGACCUAUCAAAGCAUGUCUCCUACCCUCCUCUCCCUGGUGUGAAUGAUGCAGAUUUCAGGCCCCCAGGACUGUUGAUGAAGACCACGUACAAAGUUGAGCUUGAAGUCGGAAGGAGGGUUGCUGUCCGUGGUGCGCAACCCGCAAAGCAAGUGCCAAAGAAGGGCAAAUCCAGUUUUCUGGGAAGGGUUAGAGAUGGUCACGCCUACACGCCUGUUGAUGAUAGCUUGACUCCGUCCGAGGGGGGCACUGUUGAGCUGCCAUUCCCGGGAUUCAAUGAAAUCCCCAAUAAUAGGGUUCUAACACGCAUGGAUAAGUUGAACAAGAAGUUCUGGGUGUAUGGGAAGGAGCCAGAGAUUCGGCGUAAGGGAGAGGUUUUGGAAGAGACGAUUGGUGAUCGAAUCGUGGUCGUGAGGUUCGACUAGAUCAGAUUUCUUUGUGGGAUUUUUUCUCUUUUUUUUUCUUUCUCCUCUUGAGCAAUUACCCGCAUUCAAUAGCACUAUACCUAACAUUUUUUCUUUCCCGUUUCAUUUAUCUUUGGGGCUGUCCUUCUACCCUAUCUUUAUGGUUUGUUUGAGGCUCUCUUUGCACUUUGACGGCGUAACUCUAUCGAAUCUUCCCUAAUGGGUUUAUAUCGGGCUUUGUUUGCGUUGGUGAUUUCCCUUCCGUUUUAAAUCAACCCGUGAUAGCUCCCGGAGAGAGAUUAGGCAUUAGUACUCAUUAAUGGAUGAUGUGAUUCUCCCGUUG